AUGGCCAAUACUUUAACUCUUAAUUAUCUUGUUAUUCCUAGUGUCUUACCUGAAAGCAUAAUAAGGCAUAGUAUUACUAUGUUUAAGAUCUCUAGUAAUGAGACAAUCGAUCUGUUAAGACCUAUGAUUAAGGAAAGACAAUAUAAUAAUAGGCAAGACGAAAGAGAAGAAGAAAUGUUCCCAUAUCAAUUAAUUUCUAGUAAUUUUUCCAAGCAGAACCUCAAGCUCAACAAUAAGAAGCAUUAUAAUAUUCUCCGCAAGCAAGAGGUUAUGGGUCAGGAUUUCCUUGACAUGACCGAAGAAAGGCUUUUAGCUUCUUCUUACAAUUUUCCUAGUGGACUGGCUAUGAGACUUGCGAAAGAGACUAAGAUCCUUAAAGAAAAGCUGAAGCGUGCAUUCUUCUCGUACAAGAGUUUGAGUGAGGAGUUAGCAAAAUAUAGUAUUGACUCCAAUAGUACGGACAGCAUCCCAUUAUUUUCUUUACAAACCACAAAAUUCAAGACUCUAAUAAGUACUUUGAGCACUGCGUGA